GCUGGGCUAAGCCCCGUCGGGACAUGGCCCAAACGCCAUCCAGUCUCAGAAAGAUUCUGCUGAUGUAACAUUUACUAAGGUCUGAAGGGGCGGUUGCGGGGCAGUCCUGAUUACCGUAAGACUCUUGAUGGCGAGCAACCGCCUGUAAGCUACGAAUAUGUUCGCCCUAUUUCUAUCCUCGAGCGCCCCAGACCCUCUUGCGGACUGCUCUCCCAGCAUAAAUACCCGACCUGUCUCCUGUUUCCAAUGAAGUCCCUCUCGCUUCUGAUCUCCAUCAUCAUUGGAAUUGCUUCCAUCGUCCUACUCCGAGAGCGCAUAACAGACCUUACAAGCUACACAGCCUCGAUUCUACUGAACAAGAUCAGGAACACUCCUGCGAUAUCAACCACAACGGACACGGGCGCAAAAGACACACCACAGCUUCAAAGCUCCGUCCUCGACCUCCCGCCAAACACCCACCUCACGGCAACCAACAUGUCCAUCCCUCGCGCGAUCCGCAAGGUCUUCCUUGCUGUUGAGCAAGCCGAGGGAGCGGGGGCGCGCGUGCGCCGCUCGAUCGGCACGCCGCAGCUCCGCAACUUCAGCCCCUUCCUGAUGCUCGAUCACUUCAGCAUCAAGCCCGGCGCUGGGUUCCCGGACCACCCGCACCGCGGCCAGGAGACCAUCACGUACCUGCUGACGGGCGGCGUGGACCACGAGGACUUCGCGGGCAACAAGGGCACCAUCGAGGCCGGCGACCUGCAGUUCAUGACGGCGGGGCGGGGCAUCAUGCACGCCGAGAUGCCGCGCCAGAACCCGGACGGCAGCGCCAACGUCGGCCUGCAGCUCUGGGUCGACCUGCCGCAGGCGCUGAAGAAGUGCGAGCCGAGGUACCGCGACCUGCGGGCGGCCGAGAUCCCGUCCGUCGACGUCGACGACGGCAGGGUCCACGUCAAGGUCAUCUCGGGCCAGAGCCACGGCGUCGACAGCGUCCAGGACCUGGCCUACACGCCCGUCUGGAUCCUCGACGUCGAGAUCAAGCCCGGCGGCAAGAUCGUCCAGCCGCUGCCCGAGGGGUGGAGCGCGUUCGCGUACACGCUCGACGGCCAGACGCUGUUCGGGAAGGCCGGGAACCAGACCGCCGUCGACCAGUACCACAACGUCGUGUUCGAGCCUAAGGGGGAGGUCGUCCACGCCGAGGUGGACGCCGGUGCCGCGGGGAGCGCCCGGUUCGUCCUCGUCGCCGGCACGCCGCUCGACCAGGAGGUCGUGCAGUAUGGUCCGUUUGUGCUGAACUCCAAGGAGGAGGUCUACCAGGCCCUGGAGGACUACAGGUCGCAUUCGAACGGGUUCGAGAGGGCGAAGGAUUGGGAGAGCGAGAUUGGCAAGUCUAUGGUCCGCUGAUUCGCCCGCUCCACGCUUAGGCGUUGGCAGCUUGCGUAUCCCUGUAUUUAUUUUUGAAUAUCCUGUACAUAUGGACAGUGUG